AUGAAUUUCAGGGCCAAUUAUGUGUGUAUAUUCAUGUUUUCCCAUGUCAUUGCAGCGCUGCAAGCUCAGACUGUCUUAGUCAAUGACACAGUCUCGGGAUUUAUCGGGACAGACGUGGUCCUGCACUGCAGCUUCACCAACCCGCUCCCCAAUGUGAAGAUCACGCAGGUCACGUGGCAGAAAGUCACCAACGGCACCAAGCAGAAUGUGGCCAUUUACAACCCUGCCAUGGGGGUCUCCAUCCUCUCUCCCUACAAAGAACGGGUGACUUUCCGGAACCCUUCCUUCAAAGAUGGCACCAUUCAGCUCUCUCGGCUCGAGUUGGAGGAUGAGGGGGUUUACAUCUGCGAGUUUGCCACCUUCCCAACCGGCAACAGGGAAAGUCAGCUGAACCUCACAGUGCUGGCCAAACCCACGAAUCGGAUGGAGGGCACCACGCGGCCGCUUAUCGCCAAGUCAGGCAGGACAGAAAAGAUCUUGGUAGCCACUUGCAUCUCCUCCAAUGGGAAGCCCCCCAGCACCGUCACCUGGGACACCAAGCUGAAAGGGGAAGCAGAGUUUCAGGAGAUCCGGAACAGCAAUGGCACCAUCACGGUGAUCAGCCGGUACCGCUUGGUGCCGAGCCGUGAAGCCCAUCGGCAGCAGCUCAUGUGUGUGGUCAACUACCAGCUGGACCGCUUCACUGACAGCAUCACCCUCAACGUGCAGUAUGAGCCAGAAGUCACCAUCGAGGGCUUCGAUGGCAACUGGUUCCUCAAUCGGAAAGAUGUCAAGCUGAUAUGCAAGUCUGAUGCCAACCCCCCAGCUCACACCUACGAAUGGAAGCUGCCAAACGGGACUCUGCCAGGGAGUGUAGAAAUCCAGAACAACACCAUCUAUUUCAAGGGCCCCAUCUCCUACAGCGUGGCUGGCACCUACAUCUGUGAGGCCUCCAAUGCCAUCGGCACGCGGUCGGGCUUGGUGGAAGUCAAUGUCACAGAAUUUCCCUACACCCCGUCUCCAAUCGAUGAUCGCAAAUCCAUGGUGCAGCCGAACAUCCCCACCCCUGUGAUUGGGGGCAUAGUGGGAGGAGUCUCGCUGGUCCUGGUGGUGGCCGUGGUGCUUUUUGUGGUGCUCCGCCGCCGGCGUCACACCUUCAAGGGUGAUUACAGCACAAAGAAGCACGUGUACGGCAACGGCUACAGCAAAGCCGGCAUCCCGCAGCACCACCCGCCCAUGGCCCAGAACCUGCAGUACCCCGACGACUCAGACGACGAGAAGAAGCCGGGUCCGUUGGGCGGCAGCACCUACGAGGAUGAGGAUGAGGAUGCAGGAGCUGAGCGCAAGCUGGGCGGCCCCAACAAAUACGAGGAGGACGCCAAGCGGCCGUACUUCACGGUAGACGAAGGGGAAGCGCACCCUGAACCUUACGACGAAAGGACACUCGGCUUCCAGUACGACCCCGAGCAGCUCGACAUAGCAGAGAACAUGGUCUCGCAGAAUGACGGAUCUUUUAUUUCCAAAAAGGAGUGGUACGUGUAGCUCGGCUCGCCCCGGCUCCGGCCAUGCACACACACACACACACACACACACACACACUCACGCGCAUCCCCGAGCGGAGCCAUGCACGGACCGGGGGCUCGGGGCGGGGGCAGCUUUGCUUUACGGAUCAUUUGUUUGG